CCAAAUAAAUAAACAUUAAAAAAUUUUAAAUUCCCUCUUUAUCUUUAACCUUUGACAUUGUAAUUAUUAUGUGUGAUAUUGUGGACUUUCUUGAAUUCAUCUUGUUUGGAACUGUCUGUUGUUCUUGAACCUGGUUGUUGAUUUCUUUUCCUAGGCUAGGCAAAUUUUCAGCUCUUAUUUCAUCAGAUAAGCUGUCUACCCCUUUCUCUUCUUCUUCUGGGACUCAUAUAUUUUGAAUGUUUGUUGUUCAAGAGAUCCCUUAAUUUAUGAUUUUUUAAAAUUCUUUUCCCUUUUGCUGUUCAGCUUGGAUAUUUCCCAUUAUCCUGUCUUCCAGAUUGCUGAUACAUUCUUCUGCAUUUGCUAACCAACUGUUGACUACCUUUAGUGUAUUUUUUAUUUUUGUUAUUGUGUUCUUCAACUCUGAUUGAUUCUUUUUUAUAUUUUCGCUUUAUUGAAAUUCUCACUGAGUUCUUCCACUCUUCUCUCCAACCCAGUGCGCUUCUUAACAAUCACUGCUUUAAAUUCUUUGUUAGGCAUACUGCUUAUCUCUGUUUAACUUAGUUCUUUUUAUGAGAUUUUGUCUUACUCUUUUCUUUUUUGGAGCAUAUUUUUCUGGUUCCCCAUUUUGCUUGACUUUUAGUGUUUGUUUCUAUGGUUUAGACAGAACAGCUGCUUCUCCUAGACUUGAAGGAAUAGUCUUGUAUAUGGUCGUCCCCUAUGUAGACUGUAUGUACUUAGUGACUUUUGCUGGCUGUCUGGAGCUGUGGCAGGUAUGGGCUGGGGGUCCUAGGGCUUUCCAACAGUGGGUGACUUGGCAGGACAGCUACUGCUAAAGUGUAUGGGUGCAAGCCAGGGUGUUCUGAGUGUCUACCAACAGAGGGCAUCUUGGCAGGAUAGCAGAAACUGAAGUGGUAUUAUCUGGGUUUUUUUGAGCUUCUCUGUAGGGAAGUCACUCCAGCAGGACAACUAGAGCUGAAGCGGGUAUAAGCCGGGGGUUCCCGGGGCUCUCUGUGCAUCUGGCGCCCUGUCAUGACAGCUAAAGCUGAAGUGGAUGCAGGCUGGAAUGUCCUAGGUUCUACCCACUGAGGGUGCCCUGGCAGGACAGCUGAAGCUGAAGUGUGUACAAAUCAAGGUGUCUUGGGGCUCUACACACAGAUGGCACCUUGGUAGGAUAACCAAAGCUGAAGUGGGUGUAAACAGAAGUGUUCCAGAACUCUCUGCACAAAGGGUGCCCAAGGUGGGGUAUUAUGCUGGUGGUUCCUGUGGUCCUCUGUGCAGGGGGUGCACUAACAGGACAGUUAAAGCUAAACCAGGUGCUGGCUUGUGUGGUCCCUAGGUUCUCUGCACAAAGUAUGCCCUUGCAGGACAGCUGAAGCUGAAGUGGUUGCAAACCUGGGCAUCCUGGGGUGCUAGGUGCAGGGGGUACCUUGGCAGGGUGUCUGGAUUUGAAGCAGACAUUAGCCGGGAGAUUCCAAAGUGUUCUGUGCCGGGUGUACCUAGCAAGCCAUCUAACACUGAAGUGGAGUGGGACUGGAGUGUUGUGCACCUGUGUCACCUUGGUGUGAAGACUGGAGCUGUUGUGCGCACUCACUGGGGGUGUCCCGGUUCGCAUUUCCCUGUGGCCAUCUUGAUGGUAUAGCUGGGGCUGGUGUGGACUGGGGGUCCAGGGUGUGCUGAAGCACGAGGCUGGUUAGGGUGCUCCAGCUUUUUUCUCAUUCACAUUAUUAAGGUGGAAGGAGAGUUUAAACCAUGUGCAAGAGCCCUUCCCACCCAGAGAUUUGUAUUCCAGCAACUCCCCUCACUGGAUCUAUAAAUUAGUUACUGUUUACUUACUUUACUUUCUUACUUAUCUAUCAACUCUACACUCAACAUGGGGCUUGAACUCAUAACUCUGAGAUCAAGAGUGGCAUGUUCUACUGAGUGAGCCAGCCAGAAGCCCCAGUUAGUUGCUCUUUUAAACCAUAUCUUUUUUUUCUGUGCCCCGGAGUGACUGGGGCUGGUGUGGGUUAGGGAACCCCGGGAUCCCUGAAGCAGAAAGCCAGCUAUGGCGUCCAGAACCUGCUCCAGUCUGUGCUUUCAGGGUGGAGGGUGAGUGUAAACCUUGCUGCUUUUCAGUCCCUCUGACCCAGAGAGGGUUCCAUCUACUCCUCUGCCAUUUGGCACAGUUCUAGGGCUGGCUCUUUUAUAAACUUAGUUGCUCUUUUAAGCCAGAACUUUUUCUUCUGUGCUAGCAGACAGACAAAUCUCCUUCUGGUCCCUGAGUACUAACCCUCCCACAUGCAGUUAGCAGUGUUGGGGGUGGUGGUAACAAAGGCAACUUUGUUACCAUGUUACCAGUCUCUGUCUCUCUUGCCUUCUCUUUUGCUGUUCCUUUUCUUAUUCUGCAUAAGCUGUUCACUCAGCCCUCAGUUCUUCUUCCCCGCAGUUGCUCUAUAAAUAGGUAUAAUUUGGUGUGUUCUAUGGAGAAGACUGGAAAAAAGGAAAGGAGUAAUACCCUGAAUAUUGCAAUAGACAAUAUGUGCAAGAAGACAAGAGACCUUCGCAGACAGCUCCGUAAGGCUAUUAUAGAUCAUGUGUCAGACUCCUUUUUGGAUACAACGGUCCCACUUUUGGUUCUCAUUGAAGCUGCCAAGAAUGGCCGGGAAAAGGAAAUAAAAGAAUAUGCUUCAAUAUUUCGUGAGCACACCAGCAGGCUUAUAGAGGUGGCAAAUCUUGCUUGUUCCAUGUCAACAAAUGAAGAUGGGAUUAAAAUUGUUAAAGUUGCGGCCAAUCACCUGGAAACCUUGUGUCCACAGAUCAUUAAUGCUGCACUUGCUUUGGCUGCAAGACCCAAAAGUCAAGUGGUCAAAAAAAACAUGGAAAUGUACAAGCACACAUGGGAGAAUCAUAUCCAUGUCCUCACCGAAGCUGUAGAUGACAUCACAAGCAUUGAUGACUUCCUCGCUGUAUCUGAGAGCCAUAUCCUAGAAGAUGUCAACAAAUGUAUCAUAGCCUUGAGAGACCAGGAUGCUGAUAACUUAGACCGUGCUGCAGGUGCCAUCAGAGGACGGGCAGCAAGACUUGCUCAUAUUGUCACAGGUGAAAUGGACAGUUAUGAGCCAGGAGCUUACACUGAAGGUGUGAUGAGAAAUGUUAACUUCCUUACAAGUACUGCAAUUCCUGAGUUUGUAACACAAGUGAAUGUUGCCUUGGAAGCCUUAAGUAAAAACUCUUUGGAUGUAUUUGAUGAUGAUCAAUUUGUGGACAUCUCAAAGAAGAUCUAUGAUACAAUCCACGAUAUCAGAUGUUCAGUCAUGAUGAUUCGGACCCCAGAGGAACUGGAGGAUGUUUCUGACUUGGAAGAGGAACAUGAGGUGCGCAGUCACACCAGCAUUCAGACUGAAGGGAAAACUGACCGGGCUAAGAUGACUCAGUUGCCUGAGUCAGAAAAGGAAAAGAUUGCUGAGCAAGUUGCUGAUUUCAAGAAAGUAAAGAGUAAACUGGAUGCUGAGAUUGAAAUAUGGGAUGAUACAAGCAAUGAUAUCAUUGUUCUGGCUAAGAAGAUGUGUAUGAUUAUGAUGGAGAUGACAGACUUCACAAGGGGCAAAGGACCACUAAAACAUACAACUGAUGUGAUUUAUGCCGCUAAAAUGAUAUCAGAAUCAGGGUCAAGGAUGGAUGUCCUUGCUCGGCAGAUUGCCAACCAGUGUCCAGAUCCAUCAUGCAAACAAGAUUUGUUGGCCUACUUGGAACAGAUUAAGUUUUACUCUCACCAACUGAAAAUCUGCAGUCAAGUUAAAGCUGAGAUCCAGAACUUAGGAGGAGAGCUCAUCAUGUCAGCUUUGGACAGCGUCACCUCCCUGAUCCAAGCCGCCAAAAAUUUAAUGAAUGCUGUAGUGCAAACAGUGAAAAUGUCUUACAUUGCCUCAACCAAGAUCAUCCGAAUUCAGAGUCCUACUGGGCCUCGGCACCCAGUUGUGAUGUGGAGAAUGAAGGCUCCUGCAAAAAAGCCCUUGAUUAAAAGAGAGAAGCCAGAGGAAACUUGUGCAGCUGUCAGACGAGGCUCAGCAAAGAAAAAAAUCCACCCAGUGCAAGUCAUGAGUGAAUUUAGAGGAAGACAUGUCUACUGAAACCACUCUUCUACUCUGGUGUCCAUAUUACAAAAUCCUGGCUAAACACACUGCUUUACUUUUACACUUGAUUAGUUCUGUAAGUUCACUAACUUUUAGAAUUUAAUCCACAGAUAGUGUAAAACAUUGGAAGCAACAUAUAUUUGGGAUCAUGUCAUUGUCAUCUCUGUAUGGCCAGCACCUAAUAAGUAAUCAAUGUAUGCUUGUUGAAUGAAUGAACCCUUUAGGUGUCAUUUAACCUUUCCUACCGUAGACAGUAUCUUACACUUAUUACCGAGUGAACAUAGGAGACUCUAGGGAGUCCUGUUCAUCUGUAACAACUUAAGUACACUCACCUUAUCAUUUUGAAUUAAAGCUUUGACAGGAGCUCUUGACUUGGUUUUCAAUGAAAGCAAAAGACUUCAUAAAAUGCUUUCCCAUUUGAUCUCCAUAUUUUUUUUAUCUGACCCAAUCUGACAGACACCUGUGAAUCUCUGUGAUUCACCUGUAUCUAAUGUCAAUUGAUUAGGGUAACCUCAGAAACCAAGCUCAGCAGUCAAGUUCAGCCUUGAUUAUUAAUGAAGUAUUUUUUUAACAUUAUAAAGAUUACAGUGAAUUUUGAUGCCACAAGUGUACCUUUUAAGCUUCCAUGGUGUUCAGAAGUUCUGCACAUUGAGUAUUAGACUUAAAUGGGUCCUCCACAAUAGUAUAUGGCAGAAGAGUUAUCACUCGUUGGGGAAAUGAGACACCUAUCUAUAUUCCUGAGUGAGUCAUGAUAACAGAAGUAGAAGGAGUUCUGCCUGACUCUAAAAAUCCAUUUGUAUUAGCUUGCAAUUGUAAUUAAAAGGAAAAGGCCACUUUGAAAAACAUUUUGGCAUCGAGUAAAAUAUAACUGCAUCAAGUAUAUCAUUGAACUAUAAAGUAGAGUUAAUGGCAAAGAAGCUGGAGUGAUUUUGAUAACAUGAUUUAAAAUAAAAGUCGUUGAGGUCAUUUUAUGACUUCGAUCGCUGUACUUAUCCUUAGUUAAGUUCAUGAAGGACUUCAUAAUAGUCUUAGAGUCCAGUGCAUCGCCCCCUCCCUCUAUCCUCCCCUCCCUCUUUGCAGAAGUUAAGUUUCACUUUUCUCACACAUAGAAUUCUCCUUCACAACAUUAUAAACUUGUAUUCCCUAUUCUAUUUUAUCAAAAUUAUACUAUAAUUUUAACUUCACUUUGUAUGUACUGCCAUUAAUGAGUUAUUUCAACAAUUAUAUUAUCUUAAUUUGACGAAGUAAAAUUCAAACAUGCAACAUCAGUUGAUGCCAGAAGGACCGGUUUGGGUAAAAGAAUGUGUGAAACAUAAGAAUGCACAAAGCCGAGAGUAUCAUGUGUGUGGUACCUUUGGCAAAAUGGUAUGGGAAAAGGAUUUAUUUCAUAGAUAAUUAUCAAUUAUAUGGAAAGUGUUCACUUUUUAUUGUAAUGAAUUAUUUUAUUCUUCCAAAAUGCUGAGUUGCCUUGGCUCAGCAUAUAAACAUCCUAGGAGGUGAAAGCCAUAGGUCCUUCCUGCCUUGCACUCUGCACUGGCCCCCAAUAAUUAUUCCAGACAGAGUCCACUCCAUAAAAGAGAAAGCAAUGCAAAAAGGAAUUAGGGAAUCCAGAUAAUUCUAUUUUCCAGGACCAUCUAGAUAAGAAGGCAAAAAAGGGAGUUCCUUUCGUUGAAAUGCUACCAUUGCUUUCUGUUCUAAGGUUAGACAUUACAAGAGUGACAUCUAUGACCGUUGUUAUCUUAGAUAAAAGGGUGAGUUUAUAAUUUAGUUGAGAAAAUAGAUUUUUUUAAACACCAAACAACUAGCUCAAAAUCAUAAGUCUCAUUUAGAAAAUCUAAUGUCUGUUUGACCCUAUGUCAGCUUUCCGCAGUUGGAGUUUAGAAUGCAGUAUCGAUGCCAAAAGAACAGAAAUAACUGGAAAUUAUACAAUUACCAAAUAACCUCUACAUCUUGAAAAAAAUGACAUUUUAUCCCACAUGAGGUGUGAACUGGGCCUCUCCUUCAAAGUAGGUUGAUUUCCAGCUUAGCUCAAAGCGAAUUGCAAUUACACAAAACUUAAUUUAAAAAACAUAACUUGGAGAAUGCCCCAGGAGUAAAGUCUACUGUAGCAAUCAAAGGUGCAAUAAGAAAGAGAUGCAUAGAGGUGAGAAAGACAUCUGUCCAGCUGAGUGAAUUCCUGUAGCAGGCAACAUUUUGAGACUUAGUUGGACUCAAAACCACUAAUAAGUGCUUAUACAUAAGAACGACUAGCAGCAAAUGCAUUAACAAAACUUUGUACUAUAAAGCAUAGUUAAAUGAAACUUAUCAGGAAAUAAGAAUGUACACAUGUGUUUAUAUUUAAGCUCUUCUGCAGGGAAAUGGUAGAAAUUUCUUAACGAGAGUGUUGGGUUGGUGGCCCAUCCAUGCACCUUUUAAAAUUGCAUCACAGAUUUUGGUGCUUCUUCCAAUGAUACAUUUGCUUUAACCUGCUAAUCAAAACUCAAACUCACCUUUUUCUUUUAGUGAAAUUAAUUUAUGCUAAUUUAUGUAGGAAAAAAAAAUCCUUGAGAGGGAGGAGGGGGUUUAUACCACCUACAAGGAUAGUUCCAUUUUACUUAGUUGCCAGCAUCAUAGUCAAACAUCAGACUAGAAUCAUAAUGAUAACUUAAAAAAUACCCAUGAAAUCAUAAUACACCAAAGAUUCUUUUAAUUAGAAACACGGGAAGGUUUUUAUCAAACAGGAAGAAUGACAAAUAUAAAUGUCUCCAUUUUAUUUAUUACAAGUGGAAAUAAUUAGAUUAAAAUAUGUGUUCCUAAUGGAGUUUCUGGGUACAACUCAAUGAAGGAGUCAGGAGAAGAAUUCAAACCCUGAAUUGCUAAGGUAAUUUGUUAACAAUAUACUUUCUGUUUGUCUUAGAACAUGAGUGAAAACAAUGAAUAUUAAAAAAUAUAAUAUGCUUAAUUAUGCCUUCUGGCCUUCACAUACCUCUUAACUUAUCAAUAUCAGUAUAACAUAUGUUCCCCAUAAAAUGCCUUCUGUGUAAGGGCUAAGGACUCCAUAGCUACAUAGAAAGGCUUUUUCAGUCUGGCAUUCACUUACCAGCUUCAAAGGAGAACAGUUUCCAAGUCAUAAUACAGGAAGAUAAAAUCAUGGACAUGUAGAUAAGUGCCCAAUUUGAGCUUCAAACGCAAUAAUUAGUGCUCCUCACAUUCAGUAAUGAGUGGUUGAAAAGACACUACAAGAAGUAUUUUUAGUGACUUUCUACACCUUGACUUUCAGUGUGGUCUUUUCACCAUCCAUCCCUGGGCUAGGGAUCCUCCCAUUAACUGCUGAUGGUUCUCUCCCAGACUGAUACAGUCAGGGAUGUUCAUCCCAGCCAAUUGUGCCCAGUUAACGUCCAUUCCUCUUGGUCCAUGCCCCCAAAAUAUCCCACUCUCAUUUCUCAUCUCCUUAGGUGUCUAUCCCACAUAUAAAUUGGUCAAUAUAUUCUAUAGCUUUAAAAUUAUAAAUUUUAAUUCCCAGCAGCUUCCUUCCUUUCUUCCUUAUUUUUUCUUUUCUUUUUUUAUCUUGUUUCUAUUCCAGAAAACAUUCUUACCCUUUUCGGUAUCAAAUGCACACUUCCUGAUAGGGAUAGAGGUUCCCAUGGAUACAGAUUUCUGUAUAGAGAUAGAAUGAAUGGAAUGAAGGAAUGAGAUCUGAGAUUUUCCUGAUGAUAUUUACCAUUCUCCAGUGAAUUCUUUGCAGCAUUGCUAUCUUGUUUCAGUAUCAUUGUAAGUAAUUCUCUAGGUCAGCAAAAUACACACCAGAAUACCAAGUUGAAUGAAAUCUGUACUUUGUUUUGUCAGCCUGUCUUUUGUCAAGACAGCCUGCCUAGUGCAUAUUCGCCAUUUUUCUGUUGGGCUAGUCAGAAAUAUUUCCCUUUGACUUGAUCAGAAAGUUUAGGGUCAUCUAAUUAAAAGAUUGUGAAUGCAUAUUAUUUCAAAAAUCCUUUUAAGUACACUGGGAAAAUUUCUGCAACCUGAGAAAUCUAUAUUUAUAUUUCAUUUUCAUUUAAAUAUCACGUAUCAGGAAAGAACACAGAAAAAAAAACGCUGUAGCAUUUUUUGUCAUAAUUCUCUUUCCAUAUUGUUAUGAUAUAUUUAAUAUCAGUAUUUUGCAUAUUACUAUAACAAAAGCCAGGCUUAAUGACAGAAACAUCUACAUAUAAAGUUUUAAUUUUGAUGUCUUGGGUCUAUUAGGAAAGAAAAUAUAGAUGUUACUAAAACUAAAGAUGUCUUAAUCAAAGCUAUAACACUAUCCUAAAUAUCUACAAGAGAGAAAAGAAGACAUUUAAAAUUUUAUAUACACUUGUUGCCAUUUUUAGCCAAUUCACAUGAACAAAACAAUUUUCUAUUAGAACAAAAGAAACAGUAGUUUACAACAGUCAUCACUUUACAUGUGAACUUUUCCCCCUACCAGGAUAGAUAGGAUCUAUUCCUGAACACUUCAAAAGAAGAUAAUUAAUACUAUUUGAGAGAACCAUUUCCAAAUGGAACCCAACCUUGCCAGAAUCCUGUUUAUGGGCAAUAGAUAGUUUGUAGGGCUGACCUUUAUGUAGAUUCUAGGACAAGAUAUUUCAUGGCUGCAGGCUGGCUUAUGGCAUCCAAAAGUCCCCAUUGGCUUUAUGGGAACAAAUCACAAAGACUACCUUUCAACAUGAGUUUCACAAGAAAAGGCAAUAUAUACAGGGCAGUUCUAAAGGGAUGUGGGUAAGAAAGUGACAGAGAUGGCAGAGGAGGAAUAAGAAAAGUAGUUGCAGAAGCAGAUAACUUAUAGCCAAACAGAGGAAGAGGUUUUGGUUCUACACAGAUUGGGGAGCUUCCUCCUGAGGAAUAUUUUAAAGAUAGAAUAAGUGUACUUAUCUUUGGUGGUUUGGGUGAAGUCAUGUUGGAGGCAGGAGGAUGAGCUAUAUAAAUUUUGAGGAUGAUUUAAUGAUAUUGUUUGUAAGAUGAGAAAUGGAAAUUCUAGCUGCUGAUGGGUGAAAUUCUUCCCAAUAUCAGAGCUCAUCAGGAUAAUUACACGUUAAUGUAUUUAACAAAUAUUUGUUGAGUAACAAUGAUCUCUCCCAGGCACUUCUCCAGGUUCUUGGAAUACAUGAGGUAAAAAAAACACAAACAGUGGUCUUUACCCCAUGUGCCCACCUAGUUGUAAAUGCUAUUACCUUAUUUUACUCUCUCAAUAGUCCUGUGGGAUAAACAUUGUUAGAUCCAUUCUAUAGAUGAGGAAACUGAAGCUUAAGUAGGUUCAAAAUCUAGCUCAAAAAUUCAUCGACUUUACAGUUUUGUUUGUUGCACUCUAGAGUCUGAACUUUAGCCAUUAUACCAUCCAGACUUCCUGAAAAAAGAAAUGAGAUUUGCUCAGUUUAAAAUGAAAUACAUAUUUCAAAUGCUGGCUCCUUCCUAUGUAACAGCAAAAAGAUAGAAACUUAAAAAUGAUGAUUAGCAAUCCAUAACUAGACCAUUUAAAACUGAUAAAAGAAGUAAUUAGGUGCAUAUUCUCACCUCUAAUAAUCUCAAUUAGAAUAUCAGAUAUAUGAGUAAUGGAUAUUUCAUCUAUAUAUCUGGAACAGGAUGAAAAUGCUUGACAAAUUACUUUUACUAUUAUAGAGGAGACCUCUUCAGUGGAAAGGCCUGUUCCAACCCAUCUUCAGCAUGGGUUGUUGCUGAAAACAUUUGUUGGCACCACGUCUUUCCUAUUUCAUUGCUAAUGUGUGUCUGUGUGUUUAAAGUUAUGGAUCCCAGCGUACUGUUGGCCAAGGAUUAUUGGAAUAAGAUAUAGUUUCUUUGUAUUCCCAAGAGACCCAAACUAGAGCAAAUGUAUGUUUCCUUCUUUAUGGAGGUCACAAAUGUAUGGGGUAUAUGCCUGUCUGCAGGUGUGUAUAGUCCUUGAACUCUACAUCAUCCUUCUUCCUACAGCUAACUAAAGGCUUGAGCCCUCUUUUUGCUCAUGUUGCUGGAUAGGCAUCCCUAUCACAGGCCUGGGGGAGUUUAAUGAUUUUCUGAUCUUUCUUAAAAUGGAUUCACAGGUAUUUCCUCAAACUGAGAAUAUGUUUAUUUGGGGUCUUCACUUUUGGGUACCUGGCAGUCAUGAUGAUUUCUGUCCCCAAUGUAGGAAAACGAAGCUCUUGAGAAGGAAUUUCUCUUUGAAAAAAGCUCAGAUUUCUAACAAUCCUCUCCAUAAAUCUCUUCAAAAAGAGAUUUAAUUUUUUUUUUUUGUAAAAGCUAUUAGCGUUAGUCCUUGCGUUUUCCUUUCAAAUGAGAUAUCAUCUACUUCUCAAGUUUUCUUUCCUUUGCAUUUUCAAGACGAAUGCUUAUUUUUAAAUCUGUUUAUUUGAACUUGGAGGUAUGCAGCCCCCCUUUGAUAAUUAAAUCACAUAUUACACAAUCCCAAGCCAACUGCCGUCAGUCACAUCAUUUUGCCAUCUUUGUGAAUUAGGUUCAGAUAAACUCUGGUAUUCACCAAGAGUCUCAGACAGGUUUUCUUGGCCUGGACUUCUAACAUCAAAUUUAGACUGGAAUGUUUAUUAAUAAAGCAAAGGGGCAAGUCGGAGAUGGUGCGUGCUCUCAGUUAAACAGGACUUCCCUUCUUCCUGACACUUUAAACAUAAAACUGAUUUCAAAAACACUAUAGAGAUAGUGUUCCAUUUUUGCCAAAACUCACCCCAUUAUGGCUCUGUGUUUUUCUGUGUUGGUAUACAAUGUGUCCAUGCGGAUGUAAAUAUGAGAAUUUUAGCAACUUUCUUGCAGGGUUAAGUUGUCCUUCUUACUAGUUUUGAAAUUUUUCUUUGUGUGGUACAAUCCUUCCAAAGAAAAGGUCAUUGGACCUAAGUGAUAGCAGUCCCUGAAAACAGAGGUAGGCAUGUUAUUCCCCAUUUAGUACCUAAUAGUUGGGACUUAAAGUCUUAAUUUUUUCUUGGGUAAGUUGGUGAUUAAAUAUGAACUAAAACUUCAUGAAAGAAUUCCAUUUUGAUUAUGUUUUAGUUCUAUCGUGACUUGGCAAAAGAAAAAAAAAGAAUCUGUUACUUUACCUUAUGUACUUUUACAAGCAACGACUUUAACAGUUUAAACUUAGUGACAUUUCUGAAGGUGAUAUGUGCGGUAUAAUUCAGGAUGAAGGGCAGAUUUAGACAAAGAUAGCCUGAAGUGAAAUAAAAGUAAGCAAAAAUAAUAGUCAUGUUUAUUGCAGCAGUAUCUUGAGAGCUUAUGUUUAGUGGCAUUUGAGCUAUUUCAAACCACCUUGCUUGUACAGCUUACCCUGCUGUUCAGAAGGCAGAGUGAGGUCAAGUGAACCACUCGCUAUAAUAAUGGCCAAUUCAAGGCAGUUUUAUGGUUUGGAUAUAGAUAAACUUUGGCAAAAUCACUUGUGGCUCUUUCAGACCCAUAUUUAUCCUAAAAGUCAAUUUUACCAAUCACUAAAAAUGAAUUAUUUAUCCAAGAAUAGAAAAAGCUCUUCAAUCAUCUCAUGACAUUGACAUAGAAUCCCAAAGACUCCAUGUUUGAGAUUCUGCAUGCCUUUUGUGCUUAAUUAAACCAAUGAAAAUUUUCUUUCAUUUUGUCCUCAAAGAGUGAAUUAUUUCACAAGUGUAACCUGGGUUUGUUUUGAAGUUAUGUAGUAUUAUUUGAAACAAUGUUUUAAUUUCAACUGAUAUCACUCUGUAGUUUAUUCAUAACUUGCUCAACUGAUAAUUAAACUAUGUUAAAGCAACGAAAA